GUGAUUGUUGGACGCUUUAUUGGCAUUGUGAGUUAUCUGAAUAAAAGCAAAGAACAUUUCGUGGUGGUACCUCGAACCUAUCCACGUGCAUGUUUGUUAGAGUUUGAUGCCCUGAUAGCCAACAACCAGAUUCAUUGCUUUAUUGAUAGAUAGCGCUACACUCGUCAUACUCGUAAAUGUCGACCUAUGUCAUAGUUCGCAGAAUCGUACCGUAGCUUCGUUCCACACGAGUUGGGGGAGGAGGCAGAUUCGACGGAGUUUCGACGCGAAUGCAGUGAGUCAGCAGCACGUGGGAAAUGUGGGAGGCCUUUAUUGACGUGGUUGGCGGCGGAAACCUCGUACGACUCCGAACACACAUCAUCUCGGUCCGUAAAAUGAGCUAAAUAGAAAGCAAAGCACACAUACGCACUACUCUUCAAUAUCCUCGAUUCACAGUAGCCUUUUCUCACAAAACACGGUUCCCAAGUAUUUCGACGUAUCACAGUCAAUCUCUUCUCGCCAACAUGCUCCGUCUCGCGUUCCUCACAACCGCUCUGGUUUGUACUUUGGUAUCUGGUUUUGCCCCGGUCGCUCCUUCGACUGCUUCGUCCGCUUUGCGUUUGGCCGUGGGCGAAACCGCUCCGGACUUUGCGCUCACGGACCAAAACGGCAAGGUGGUGAAACGCAGCGGCAUCCGAAAGCCGCUCGUCGUGUACUUUUAUCCCGCCGACAGUACCCCGGGUUGCACCAAACAGGCCACCGCCUUUAACGACAAGGUCAAGGAAUUGCGUGCCAAGUAUGGUGCCGAUUUGGUCGGCAUUUCGGGACAAGAUACCGCGUCGAAACAAAAGUUUGCCAGUGAACUGGGCUUGACCUUUAGUAUUCUGGCGGAUGAGGGGGAUAAGGUCCGCAAAGAAUUUAACGUUCCCCGUGCUGCCUUUGGCCUGUUGCCCGGACGGGUAACGUACGUUUUGGACAAGAAGGGCGUCUGCCAAAAGGUCUACAACGAACUCGCCAACGCGGAAUCGCACGUCGACGAAGCGAUCGAGGUCUUGGCAGAUUUGAAACAAUCCCAAGGACCGCUAGCGGGCUUUUUGGGAUAAGCGACUUAACUCUAUAUAAAGUUGGUUUUCCACUGUGCAU